AUGGCGGCGCGCUGCUUGGGCCGCGGUGUCGUACGGCUCCUGGGCGGCCUUCGCGGGGUGGGCGCGCGGGGCCUGGCGGCCCCCCGGCUCUGGGGCAGCGCCUCCGCUCCCGCCGCGCCGGCCGGCUCGUACCAGGAGCGGAUCGCGCUGGCCGCCAGCGAGCCGGCCGCCUUCUGGGGGCCGCUGGCGCGGGAUGUGCUCGUGUGGGACACCCCCUACCACACUGUGAGCGACUGCGACUUCCGCAGCGGCAGAAUCGGCUGGUUCCUGGGAGGCCAGUUAAACGUGUCCGGUUUGCAGGGUUGGCGGAAUGCGCCCUGGAUGGGGGAGAGCCGAGUGCAGAGGGACGGCGCAGAAGGUUGCAGUUCCUUUGGAAGCUGCGUUGGAUUUGGGAGGCCUGAGGCUGCCGGGACAUUCAAGGGCUCAACAGAUGUCUUUGCUCCUUGGGUAUAAACUCCGAGAUGUCAGGAAGUUGCAAGUGCAGAACUGGAGGGUAGUGACGCAUUGCUUUCAAAACACAAAACUAAACCCUCCUUUGAGUCUGAUUUUAAAAAACAAGUGUGUUUAUUCUUACUUUCAAGCUUGGGUAUAGAGACACUGUUGUUAACUAAGCAUUGAACACAGCGAUUCCUUGGACGCUUUUGGGAACAUUCCUUGCAGCAGUGGAAACCAUUUCGCUGUAGCUCUCUGCUCUUCAUGAUGUGCCUCGAAUAAUUCAGAUGGCAGACACACUGAGAUGGCAAGAGCCUGGCUCCUGGGUUGCAUUUCCUUCCAGCGACUGAAGUAGCUCGCUCAGGUCCUUCAAGGAACUCUAAGUGGACACAUGACCUCAGGUCUCAGAAGGAGCGUCCCUCAGAAAAGUCUGAAUCCUCCCCAGUUGUUAGAGACGCGACUUACUUUAAAUAGCAGAUGCUUCUGGAAAGUUGGCAAAUACAAUUUUUGCGACUGAUGUAAUACCUCAAAUUGUACCAAGGAGGUUUUCUAUUUAAAGAAAACCUAUUGUGAAUUCUUUUGUGAAUAUUAACUCCCUUAUCUCUUUGGAUUAAAAUUGAAUUUCUGUAAAGUGGGGAGGGGCAGGGAUGCAUUUAAAUAACCAGCAAGAGUUCAUUGAAUGAAAAUGCCUGCCUUUGUGUGUACAUGUUUAUGAUGGAAAUGAUGACCCUCCCGUCACCUUUUCUUAAAAACAAACCCAAACCCACCACACACACCCGCUUACCUACUUGCAGAGCCGUGCCAGGCCCGGGUGCAGACCUGCCCUUAGGUGAAUGAGAUGAUGCUUCAUCUCCCAUCAUCCUUGUGACACCAACAUGAAGUGUCUGGUGGCCCCCUUGUACAGAU